AUGGAGAGGCUAAUGGACAAGGAGGUGCCAACCCUAGGCCACAACACUCACAACGCCAAGCUAGAGCUAUUGGCCCCCAUGAUGAGCCCAAUAUCCAUGGGCACAGAGCUGAACAUUGGUGUCUCUGAAGAUGCAUUUAAGCUAAGGUUGUUUUCAUUCUCUUUGGGAGACAAAGCUCACACAUUGGAGAAGAGCCUUUCACCAGAUUCAAUCACCACAUGGGAUGAGUGCAAGAAAGCUUUCCUCACCAAGUUCUUCUCUACUUCAAGAACUACUAAGCUAAAGAAUGAAAUCUCUGGAUUUCAUCAAAGGAAUCUUGAAGGCUUUAGAGAAGCAUGGGAAAGGUUCAACAGCUACAUCUCUCAAUGUCCUCAUCAGCUUAGUACUUUCUACAGAGGUGCUUUGCCCAAGUUUAGAAGCCAGCUUGAUACUGCUAGUAAUGGUUUCUUCUUGGGGAGAAUUGAAGCAGAUGCUUUGGACCUUGUAGAGAAUAUGGAUAAGAGUGAUUCAGUCUACAGUGAUGAGCAUGCUAGAAGCAUCAGAGGCAGUAGAGGUGAUGAUACAAACACCAAGAGAGAGUUAAAGGCUCUACAAGACAAGAUGGAUAUGCUUCUCUUGGAUAGAGUUAAACAAGAGAAGGUGAACUUUGUUGGCUUCCCCUCCCAAGGAAAUCAGUCUACACAAGGGCAAGCCGGAUCUUCUACCUCUGCUACACAAGAGAGUAGCACUGAUGCAAUGCUGAAACAGAUCUUGGAGUCUCAAACUAGAAAUGAGAAGCACAUUGGAUAUGAGCUGAAGAAUCUUCACACCAAAGUUGAUGGAAGCUACAAUGAUCUCAACAACAAGUUCUCAAACCUUGCUUCCAACUUCAAGGCUUUGGAGAACCAAUUUGCCUCUAUGAGUAGUAACUCCAAACGCCCUAUGGGGUCACUUCCCGGAACAUCUGAGCAAAAUCCCAUGGAGACAAUGAAAUCCAUCACCUUUAGGAGUAGUAAACAGCUGCCUCCUAGAGUUCUCAUUAGGGAUAAUGAGAAGCAAGAUGGGGGAGGUGAUCAUCAAUGUGGAUGA